AUGAACCAGAAAUGGCCAUUCCGGUCUCCCAUUCCGGUCUACUACUACUACUACUACUACUACUACUACUACUACUACUACUACUACUACUACUACUACUACUACUACUGCUACUACUGCUACUACUACUACUACUACUACUACUACUACUACUACUACUACUACUACUACUACUACUACUACUACUACUACUACUACUGCUACUAUUCGAUGUACGAUUGCCUGCGAGGGUUCUAG